CCGACAAUCGAUUGGCUAACGAGGUCGGUGACGCUCGACGCAAGACGCCGGGCCUACUGCGGGAGCGUAGAGUAGGCCGUGCAUUCCGUUCCAAGGCCUCUGUGUGCCUGCGGAGUAGCCAUCAUGAGCAAAGCUCACCCUCCCGAGUUGAAAAAAUUUAUGGACAAGAAGUUAUCAUUGAAAUUAAAUGGUGGCAGACAUGUCCAAGGAAUAUUGCGGGGAUUUGAUCCCUUUAUGAAUCUUGUGAUAGAUGAAUGUGUGGAGAUGGCGACUAGCGGACAACAGAACAAUAUUGGAAUGGUGGUAAGUAAAGAUACAAGAUUUCUCUUGGAGACUUCAUUUUCCUUUUGGAAUAUGUAUUAACUUUCCUAGUUAGUAACCCCCAGAAAUGACGAAUAACAGGCAAGAUUAGAUUUUCCAUCUCCAUUUUAGUUGAACAUGUGGCAGUUAUUCAGCUGUGGUAAUAUCCUGGUUACCUAUAGGUAAGAUCUCAACUAUACAGAACCUAAGGUCCUAGGGCUUGAAAUAGCUGUUGAAAAUCCUUCUUGAGCUUUAUUCUACAAUAGAGCCUCAUAGUUGGUCCUUCAUUAGACCAAUAGUUCUGAAACCUUAACAUGUAUAUGAAUCCCCAGGGAAUCUUGUUAAAAUGCACAUUCUACUUCAGUAGGUAUGGGUCGGAACUUAAUUAAGGUUUUGCAUUUCUACUGAUGCCUAAUGCAGAUCUGCCAGUCCACAGAUCACACUUUCUGAUUUUAUUUGUAUACACAGUUAACCUGGAUUUUCUGGUUUACCACACCCAAAAUUUUAAAGUAGCCAAGGUAAGUUAUAAGGGAUAAUCACAAUGACAUUCACAUGAGAAAG